CAAUAAAUAUCCUUUCAUAAAAAAUAAAAAUGGAAAUUCGAGAAAACGCACUUGCGAAAUAUCCUGUUUAAUAUUAUUUGCACGUGCAAUUGCAUAUGCAGACAGUCCUGGCAACUCUUACACUUGAUUCGUCCCAACUAGAACUCCACACGAGUCAUCGAUUCUCUCUUCACACUCGCAAGUGUCAAUGCUAUACAGUGAUAUAUUUUGUUAUUAUUUUCUUUAUUAUUAAUAAAAACUUUGAAACUCCGUGACGAUGGAAAACAAAGUGAUUAAUCAGAAGGAAUACUUGAAAAAAUAUAUGCGCAAUAAUGAUGAGAAGAAGAAGAAAAAGAAGAAGAAACAAAAAACAGGAAUCAAAACAGUAAAAAUUAUAGACGAUGAUGUAGAUUUGAAGAAUAUGAGGCCCAUUGAAGAGGGUGAAUUCGAUAUUCUUUUAGAAGGAGAAGAUGCUCCUCAAAUUGCUGGAAUAGUUGACGAACGUGGACCGAUUGAUUUCUCAGACAAGAAAAGGUGGAAAAUUAUAACCGAGAAUGAAGAAGGGGAUUUAACUAUUAUUAAUCGUACAGAUAAUACAAAUCGAGAUGACACAACAAAUACCGAACAACAUGAGAAUGACGAUUUCGACUUGAGUCCACUUAGGCAUUCUAAAAAUAAACAGAGAAAGCAAUCUAAAAAUGACGACUCGGAUUUAAGUCCAUCUAGGCAUUCUAAAAAUAAACAUAAAAAGCAAUCUAAAAAUGACGACUCGGAUUUAAGUCCACCUAGGCAUUCUAAAAAUAAACAUAAAAAGCAAUCUAAAAAUGACGACUCGGAUUUAAGUCCACCUAGGCAUUCUAAAGAUAAACACGUAAAUUCAAGUCGACAUGGACGAUUUAGAGAUGAUGAUUCGGAUUUGAGUCCACCUAGGCAUUCUAGAAAUAAUCAUUCUGACUUAAGUCCGCCUCGAAAAUCUAAAAAUAAUGACGAUUCAGACUUGAGUCCACCCAGACGAUCUAAAAAUUCUGACUCAGACUUAAGUCCACCUAGAAAAGACACGAAACAUCGGACUUCAGCACACAGUUCAUCUAAACGAAAUCAUCGGAGUUUAAAUCACAGAGACAGUGAUUCGGACAUAAGUCCACCCAGAAAACACAAGCAGAAUCCAGAUACAGAUUUGUAUGAAAGUAGAAGGAGUAAAAAGGACUCGGAUUCGAGUGCGUCUCGGCACAAAGAGCAUCGGUCUCGAAGAGACGAUUCACCACGUUCCAGUUUGCGGAAAAGCGACAGAGGACAUCAUGAUUAUCGCGAUAAAUAUUCAUCCAGAUCGAGUAAACAAGAUAUGUCGAGGUCAAACAGGGAUAAACGGGAGAGAGAAUAUGAAGAUCGAGAUCGUAAAUCUCGAUCGUAUUCGGACACGAGAGAGAAGAGAAGAAAAAAGUCUCGCUGGGAUGAAGAAACGGACGAUUUCGAACAUGGACGAGCGGAAAGUCAAUCGAAGGAUAGUAGCGGUAGAAUGACAAAAACGUUGGACGGAAAAACGGCAGGACUUCAAGAUGCGAGAGCAUUACGAGAGGAAACCGAGUCCCAUAAACGACGAGAAGUAGAACAGUUUAACAAGCUAAGCAAAGCAGUCAGCGGAAUAGGGCAAGCUCCGAUCAUGCGUGACAAAACGGGAAAAAAGCGCAAUUUAGAAGCGGAAGCAGCGGAGAAACGCGAACAGGAAAUACAGCAGCAGGAGAUGAAUGAGAAGUACACCAAGUGGGGUAAAGGGUUGAAACAAGUUGAGGAUCGAGAGGAAAAAUUAAAGAGCGAUUUAUAUGAGAUGAAUAAACCUCUGGCGAGAUAUGCCGAUGAUGCAGAUUUAGAUAAAGAGUUGAGGGAACAAGAGAGAGAAGGUGAUCCUAUGUUGGAAUAUAUAAAACAAAAACAGAUAAAAGAGGGGAAGAGAAAGCAAGAUCCACCGCAAUAUCAAGGUUCGUUCGCGCCAAAUCGAUUCGGUAUCAAACCCGGCCAUCGAUGGGACGGCGUCGACAGAAGCAACGGAUACGAAAAGAAAUGGUUCGAAUCACAAAAUGCGAAGGUGGCGCGGCAGGAAGAAGCCUAUAAGUGGAGUACAGCUGAUAUGUGAUCGCACAUGUAUUUCUAUAGCAGAACUUUCCAAUUCUAUUUCCAUUUAUUGUUAAUAAAAAGUAAAGUUUUAAAACUU